UGUAAAGAAAAAAGAAUCGCCAAGAAUUAGACAAAUACGCGUGAUCUUGAACGAUCGCAAGCAACUGAAGAAAUAUGGAUCACCGUGAAGACAUAGAAGUCUUCUCAAAAAGCACAGAAAAUAUCACAAAACCUUACAAGAAAUGGCGAAUCUACAAGAGGCCCAAAAUUAAGAAGACUUUCGUCAGCAGAGGUCAACAGUAUGAACAUCUAAAUGCUGAAAAUGAUCAUGAGCCAGUUAGAAGAUCUUCGACAUCGCUAAUUGAGGGUACUUCAGGCAUUGGAUGUGUUGGAAAAAUUGUGGAAUCACUUGAGAAUUUGCAAUCAAAUAAAUCAACUUCAUGUGAAUCUAUUUUUGUGGAGCAAGCACAAUCUUCCAGGGAGAUGAGCGUGAGUGAAGGAAAUAAAAUCCGCAUCCAUGUCGAUGGGAAUGGUCAGUAUGGAGCUUUUGUUCGAAACAAUCAAGUUGGACAGCCGUUCCAGAGGCGGAAAGUUGUGCCCUUGAGGAGAUACAGAGAAAGUGCAAUUGACGUACCGCAGGACUUUGAGGAAGCUGCCUAUGCCAAAAGAAUUUCACUGCCAACACCAAAGAAGAGGAAUCGAUACAGUCGACAUUGCAAGUCACAGGAAGAUUGGCCAAAAAUAGAUGAGGAAGCUACUGAGUGUGAAAUACACCAGAUUCCCGCUGAAGUUCACUCCAAUGAUGCUCUAGAGUCUUCCUCGCAUCCAUUCCAGGGCAGUUUCAAUGCUCAACUCAAUCGUUUAGCGUCUUCGGUGGAGAAUCUCUGUGCUAUGGGGAAUGUUAAGGCAAAGAAUGGAUCGGUUUUUGGGCAUACGGAUACAAUUGCACCGGCUGUAAGUGUUCCAGAAUUGAGAGAAUCUCCAGAUGAGGCAAAUUUUAUUCGGGUGAAAUCUUGUGAUGAAUCCCGAGAGAUUCUUCCGCAGCGUGAUGAUGAGAAAAGUGCCACAGCUCUGAGGAAUAAUCAGAGAACUUCCAUUGCAUCAGCUCUCUACUCCAAUACUGAACACUCCAGCACAAUUGAUCUCAAUUCCAUCCUUCAUAGAAACAGUGAGUUUUUUAUUACAAAAAGCAGCAGUUCCAAGAACUUCCUGUACUCCAGUGUGGACAAAUUGGAUAAAAUUGAGAGUAUCAAUGAGAAUCUGGCCAAUUCCACAGUCAAUAAUGCCAACAAACUCAAUUUCAACAAGAAUACCUUCUUUCUCAAGAAACUCAAUAAUAGUGCAGUGGCUCCUGUUGAGGACGCUCCUGGCACAAAGACUUUCAACAAAGUGAAUUUGAGGCCACUGAAGGAUAGAGGAAGUCAUCCGGAAUCUCUCAAAUCGAGAUUCAGUGGAAGCUUCCAGAAUCUCUUCAGACUCAGUGAUUUUAAAAUGAGGAAAAGGUGUUCCAGUGAAGUGAAUUUGUCUUCGAAGCCAACAAACAGAGAUUCACCAUUGAGAUUCACUUUCUGCCCAUCAAUGGUCUUUGUUCGCGAGGAGAAAACUGAGGAAUCUUCACCGAAGAAUAGUGGCCCAAAAUCAUGGAGAAAGUACCUAACAUUGGGGAUACUGAAGAAGAAAUCCGGGAGUUCAAAAAUUCAAGACUUGGACGGUGGCUUCUUUGAGAAAUUUGGGUCGCUGCUGCGUCAGAAAUCGAUUCACGAUGAGGAGAAAAUGGCCACUCCACUUGCCCCUCUGCCAGAAGUGGCAGAGGAGGCGGUGGCCGAAGAGGCUGUGGCACUGGAGGCCAGAUUACUUGGCGAGGAGGGUGAGAAUGACAGUGGAAAUGAGACACUGCAUGACACAGACAGCGAGCCUGAAGACGCCGAAGUGAAGUCACUGGAAUUUGUGGAGGAUGCCGUGGGAUGGAAUCUGGAAGAGCUGUAUGAGGAGAUCCUCUAUGAAAUACUCCACAAUAUUGGUGCAGAAAUUGAAACUAGUCAAACAUCGCUAUUUUCCUACAUUCAAGAUGCCUUCAAGAUUUCAGAGUCUCGGCAUGAAGAACUUUUGGAGGCGGCAAAGACGAAAGAAGCCCCGGAAAUCCGCCUCAAUGUUGAGGUGAUUGAAGCCAAAGAUUUAGUUCCAAAGGAUCCCAAUGGACUUUCUGAUCCUUUUGUUACAAUGUAUCUGGCCGCAGCGCCAACCCAUCGGUACAAUACUUCUGUGAAAUCUGAAACAUUGAAUCCUCAGUGGGAAGAGCAUUUUUCAUUGCCAAUCUCUGAUGAUGCCAAUGAGAAUAUUUUAGUGGUUGAAGUGUGGGAUUUUGAUCCUGCUGAAACUGUUCGGGAGAAGAUGAAUAAAAUUUUUGAUGUGAAGGGUGUUAAGGGGCUGAGGAAGCUAAUGAAGGAGAUUGCUGUAACAGCUUCAAGUGGGAAGCAUGAUAAUGAGUUAAUUGGCAAGGCUAAUAUUCCGCUCAAGAGCAUCCCAGCUUCGGGUUUGGUGCUGUGGUACAAUUUGGACAAGAAAAAUCGUUUGAAGAGUCGUGGACUCAUCAAAAUUCGACUGAGUUUUAGUUCUGAGAAGAAUAACAGAGUUGCAGCUCAAGAGCAUCGACAUCUCCUCAGGAUUUUGCUGCUGCAUGAGCUGGAAACGUCCAAAGUGGCUCCGUAUUGGUGGUCAGGAAAGUUCACGGACAAAGGAGAAUCCGUCCUGACGCAACACACUGCCCAAAGUGGACUAACUCUGACAGAUGUGUCCCUGGUGGAAUGGUCAGUUUAUGCUGGAAUCCACGUGGAACAUCCACUGGCAUUUAGUCUAUUUGACAAACUCCUGGACAAAGUUAUCCGUCCAAUUCAGAAUGAGACUGCCUCAUCUGAUGAGAUAAAACUCUUCUGGGAUGCCACAAAGAAACUCCUGCCUUCCUGCUUUGCAAUCAUCCGGAAAUUGCGCAAGAAAACUGCAGGAGAUAAAAAUUGUGUAAAGACUCUAAUGGAUGUUCUCAACAUUUUGGCCAAGAUUGCCAUGCUAGAACCACCGGAAGGUACAGAUCUCUUUCCUAUUCAGCAAUAUGGAUGGAUUAAAGAGAACACUGAGAAGCCCAACUGGGAUAUUCGAGGAGCACUGAAGGAUGCAGUUAUUGCUGGAGCUGAUGACUGGUUCAACACCAUCAAUGACGAUACAGAGUGUCAGAAGGGAACUGAUGAGACCAAAUUGCAACACAUCAUUAAACUGAUUCAGCUCAUUCGGUCAGAUCUUCAGAGAGCUAUUGAGUACUACGAUAAAAUCUUCCAAGAAACAAUGAGAUUCCACUAUGCCAGAACUCUCUACGGCUUCUACGAAGGUAAAUUGGCAGAAUAUGUAGAGCCAAUUGUUGAGGAAAUCACGAAGAAUCUCAAAAGAAUUCAUAUUCCAACGCAUGAGAGUGCCAAACUGGAAUCUCACCAGGAGAUCAACAUGGGCACUACGCUCUUUGAGCUGUAUUUGGUGCUAAAGCGAUUUGCAGUGCUUGGAACAGCCCUUGAUCCCGGAGAGACAAAUUUCAAGAUUUCCAACUAUCACAGAUGGUUCAAUGCAGGAGUUACGCAUUGGCUGGAUAUUUCUGUGCUCAAAGCUCUGAUAAGGAUUGAAAAGGCCAUUGAAUUGGAUCAACUUAUACCAGUUGAUGAUAGUGUUAAGUACAGUUCAUCCGCUGUGGACACAUUGGCUAUUUUCUAUCAGAUCAAGAUCUUCUGGCAGCAACUCUCUUGGCCAGAUGUUGAGGGAUCGUACAUGUUUGUGGGGAAGAUUGUUGAUGACAUUUGUCGAUGCUGUGUCUUCUAUGCUGACAAAAUGAGCGAAAGGGUUGAAGGAUUGGGAGAGAUUCAGAGUGUCUAUGAGAAAAAGUUCGAGGUUACGAGGGAAUGGUGCCUGGCCAUCAACAAUAUCGACUACAUUCGUCAGAGUUUGCCGCCAUUCGUGAAGGAACUGGGAGUGGAUGAAAUUGUGACCAAGCUGAGUGAUUGUCGAAGCCCAAUGGAGGCUGAAAGAUGUGCAGAAACCCUGAAGAAUGUCAUUGACAAUGCUGUGGAUACGGAGAAGAAUAAAAUUCUGGAAUUGGUUGAGACAGUGGCGAGAAAAAUGUCUCCCAUGAUGAGACGUUUUCUGGCUGAAGGUGCUGAACUUCUUCAUCAGGAUUGCAAUUCCCUCGAUCGUUUGAUGAUGUACUUGGAGGAAUCUCUGAAGACUCUCAAUAUGGAAUUGAAUGAUGUGAAUUUUGAGAGAAUUCUCGAUGCCAUCUGGACUGAACUUUCCAAUGUUCUCUAUGAUUUGGUACAGAGCAAUCUCGACAAGCGACGGCCACCUUCCUUCUUUUCCAACCUCAGAGAUGCCCUGCAAAUCAUGAUUCAGAGCUUCAAGGGCACAAAGAAGUGCGAAGCUUCCGAUCGGGCUGUGCUCAAUAACAUUGAACAGCUCCUUGAGCUGCAUGGCUUCGAGACGGCCGAUCUCAUUCAUCAGUAUUAUCUGGACCGACUGAAGGAGCAGCAAGUGAUCAGGGAAACUCCCUACGGACAACUCACAGUCCGAUGCUGCUUUAAAAAUCUCGUUCUCGAAAUUGAGGUAAUGAAUGCGCGGAAUUUACGAUCAAUGGACAGCAAUGGCUCUUGUGAUCCUUUUGUCCGGAUUCAUUUCCUGCCUGAAGAGAAAUUUGCUGGAAUUGUAAAACCACGCACAAAUGCCCAAAGCAAGACACUCUUUCCGCUCUUUGAUGAGAAAUUUGUCAUAUCACUUUCGCCAGAGCAGAAAGCCAACAAGAAUGCCAUCAUAUUGUUCAGUGUAAAGGACAAAGAUCUCUUUGGGAUGUCCAAUCAGUACAUUGCUGAGACAUAUUUGAGCUUCGGAGAGAUUCCGGAAGCAGAUGGUGGAGGUGCUAUUGAGCAAAUUCAUCUUCCACUCACGCGACCUUACAAUUUAGAUACAGACUGUAUUCGUGCCUUGGAGUAUCGAAUUGGGGAUAAACAGGCAAAGGAAUUCCUCAAGAAACUCAAGCAGAAGAUCAACAAUCAAGCCUAAAGAAUUUUCAUUUCAUCAAAAUAAUCUUCCUCAUUAAUUUUUUUUCUCUUUUUGUCGCCUCAAGCAAAUGCUUUUUUUUAUCUGCCAAUAUAAUUUGUUGUAAAAUAGUCUCGAUGGAAAAAGAACAUUUACAUUAGAGAUCUUCAGCAAUUUAUUUUAUAAAUAAUCAAAAGAAUUUACAAAAUUAAAAAUCUUAGAAUAAAGGAAAAAAAA